UGUGUGUCUGUGUGUGUGUGUCUCUGGGCGUGUGUGUGCGUGUGUGUGUAUAAAACAUAACUUGUCGCAACAUCAAGAAAGAAAGAAAGAAAGAAAGAAAGAAAGAAAGAAAGAAAGAAAGAAAGAAAGAAAGAAAGAAAGAAAGAAAGAAAGAAAGAAAGAAAGAAAGAAAGAAAGAAAGAAAGAAAGAAAGAAAGAAAGAAAGAAAGAAAGAAAGAAAGAAAGAAAGAAAGAAAGAAAGAAAGGAGGCCAAUCCUGCUCCGCUCACCUCGUCUGUCCCACGUUCAUACGGAGGCAGGUCGCUUUUUAUUACUGGCAAAUAUGGUUCUGUGAAAUGUUGGCCUGUAAAUGCCAGCAGGUUGCCAAGAUAGGGGUGUGAUGGUGGGGGAGACACGCCAUAUAUAAACAUGGACUAAAUUUAAUAAAUAAAAAUACAUACUAUUCUCUUUCAACUAAAACCUACCGGCUCCAGUAAAAUCAGAGAUGCAUUCAUGCAAGGCGUCAAAGCCGUUUAUUAUUAUUAAUAUUGUUGUUAUUAUUAUUAUUAGAAUUAUUGUUAUUUUUAAUUCAUAUUCUGCUUUCUUUUCAAAUCGCUGAAACUCUGCAAGCAAAAAAAAAGAAAACCUCUUCCACGAAUUUACACGGAGAACACUUGUUUAGGUCUGAGCCGAAAUGGGGAGCAAAGCCCUGCACGCUCCGAUCCCGCUGCACCCAGCCCUCCAGCUCACCAACUACUCCUUCCUGCAGGCCGUCAACACUUUCCCCGCCGAUCAGCUGCAGGGACUGUACGGGCUGAGUGCGGUGCAGACCAUGCACAUGAACCACUGGACUCUUGGCUACCCGCACAUGCAAGGACUGAGGUCGACGAUCACGGCGGCCGCCCAGGGUCUGGUGGACCCUAGGAUCCCCUUCCCGGCGUUGCCCUUCACGGCGGCUGCGCAGCUCUUCCAUCCGAAACAGGCCGCCGUCACGCACGGCGUCCCCCCACAUCACAAGGACAGACCCAGGUUCGACUUUGCCAACUUGGCCCUCGCCGCCACUCAGGAGGACCCGCCAAAGGCCGCGGACCUGGCAAAGCUGACGUCGGGACUUGGGGGGACCAUCUCCGAGCUGAGCAAGCUGUCUCCCGACAGAAAACCCACCCGGGGCAGACUUCCGUCCAAGACUAAAAAGGAGUUUAUUUGCAAGUUCUGCGGCAGGCAUUUCACCAAGUCCUACAACCUGCUCAUCCACGAGAGGACCCACACGGACGAGCGGCCCUACACGUGUGAUAUUUGUCACAAGGCGUUCAGGAGACAGGAUCACCUGAGAGACCACAGAUAUAUCCACUCCAAGGAAAAACCUUUCAAAUGUCAAGAAUGUGGGAAGGGAUUCUGUCAGUCCCGCACUCUAGCCGUCCAUAAAACCCUACACAUGCAGGAAUCCCCCCACAAAUGCCCCACAUGCGGAAGAACCUUUAAUCAAAGAAGUAACCUGAAAACUCACCUUCUCACCCAUACAGACAUCAAGCCCUACAGCUGUGGCCGCUGCGGAAAGGUGUUUCGGCGCAACUGUGACUUGCGACGGCACAGUUUGACGCACAGCCCACAUCUGGACUACUAGGCCUGGACAGACUAAUAAAAACAAACCAAAAAUAACAGUGGGGGACAAACAAAACUCUGCGGGAUGGCUCACCGACUUUUUUCUUUUUCUUCUUCUUUUUUUUUUUUUUUUUUUUUUUUUUGUCAUCAAAGAGACUUUUCGAAGCAGGACACCGUUGCUGCCUUGCUGCGCAAUUUUACCGAGAGGAUUUGUUUGCACCUCAAGGAUAAUCCAAAGUAGCCACGACAAAAAAUAACACCCAGCUUCCCCGGCACCUGUAAAUAUGAAGACUGUGUAAAAAAAAAAAUAUAAUAUUAAUUAAUAAAAAAAAGUGUUGGUUUUUUAUUAUUAUUAUUUCCU